AUGAGCGUGUCCCCAACCGAGAUGACGGAUAGUGAGAAACUUGCGGCCCUGGAGAAGGCAUUGCUCGACGAGAGCGCGGGUCCAAUCGAUCUACCUAUCUCUCUGCUCAAGACCAUCACAGGAAAUUUCUCUAAAGCCCGCGAAAUCGGCCAGGGCUCCUAUGGAGUGGUCUACAAGGGAGAGCUUCCAAGUGGUGGUACCAUUGCCGUGAAGAAGCUCUUCCCAAUCGCCGGUAUGGAGGACAAGCAUUUCAAGAGCGAGGUCGAGGUUGCCUGUCUUGUCGGGGUCAAGCAAAAGCAUACGGUGCGAUUGCUCGGAUACUGCUCGGAGAUGCAACAAGUAAUGAUAUCGUACCACGACGAGUUUCUCUGGGCAAACCUGCAGCAGAGGCUGCUCUGCUUCGAGUACCUGCCCAAAGGGUGCCUUGCUGACUAUCUCUCCGAUGCAUCUUGUGGACUUCCAUGGACCACACGUUAUCAGAUAAUCAAGGGGGUCUGUGAGGGCUUACAUUAUCUUCACCAGCGGCGUAUUAUUCACAUGGACCUCAAACCUCGGAAUGUCCUAUUGGAUGAUAACAUGACGCCCAGAAUUGCCGAUUUUAGUCUAUCAUGCCGCUUAAGUGAAAACCAGAGUUGGGCUAUUAGUGAAGACAUGGUUGGGACGAUGUAG